AUGUUCAACCUAGCUGUUGUAUUGCGCGACGGAGGGGACGGGGUGGCACAGAAUUCAGCGCGUGCUGUGGAACUGUAUGAGUACUUGAUUGAAGAGCUCGACGAUAUCCAGGCGAUGGUGCAUCUUGGAUUCCUCCUGCUGAAGGAGGGCGCAGAGAGAUUGGAGAGAAGCGUGGUUCGGGCCUUCGAAUUGUUCGGGCGUGCGAUCUGGGAAGGCCGUAGUGGCGGCACUACCUGCCAACUCGUGUUCUUGAUGAUUUGCAGUUUUAGUUUUGCAAUUGCGUGUUUUUCUUUGCUACUGCAAUGCAUGUGCUGAUGCGGCUCAGAGCGUUCCAGUUAAUGUGAGAUAGUCGUUCUCAAUUCUGCUGAAUUGAAGCAAUCACUACUGUAGCAUGUUAGAUACGGACCAUCGACUACGGGUCCGAUUAUACCGAAAGUUAUCUCCGGUUAG